UCAUUUGUAACUUGUAAGUAGAAAAAGAAUCUCACAAUAUACUUUACUCGGAUUUUAUAGAGUUAGUAGUUCUAUCUUCUCACCCAUAAACCAAUAAAAUUCUGCCACGACACCAAUUGGACUAAACGUCAAGUAUUUUAGUGAGUUGGCAAUAAAAAAUAGAUUUAGUUAUAAGAACUAAUCAGUGCCACGUCAUCAUGUAGUGCAGUGGUCCCCACCAAGUGAAAGAAGGACUCAUGGAACUUCCUCUUUUUCUUUUCUUUUCUUUUUUCCCGGUUCCCAAACAGCGCCUCUUUUUCUUUUCCAUUAAAGUUCGAGAAAAUCAAAUCAAAUCAAUGGAGUCACAAACUCAAACCAAUCACUCCCAGCAAACCAGACGAGCCAUGAAGAAAUCUUCAUCAAGAAACUCUGACACAUCUCAAUUGGACUCGCCCCACUCGCCUCUCCGAUUCCACUCCCCUCUUCGAUCGGAUGCCGGUGAUCCACCUGAAAGUCCGCCCUACGAGUCUCCGGAUUACUCUCCGGGAAAUCUACCGGAUAACUCCAAAGCCAUCGUCCCUGUCGAAAAGGUUAAUCACUAUCAGGAUAAUCACCACUCGCUGCGACAGUCUACCACUACUGAUAAUCAUCAACAGGUGAUCAAUCACCCACUUAAGAAACCUCAGCCGAAUGCGACCGUGCAGCCGACGACGGUGAUCAAUAGAGCGAUGAGGGAAGAGCCUACUCAGUCGGUUGCCAAGGUAGGACCCGUCACCGGAGCCAGUGGAGGCGAAAAUGGAAGCGGCGGUGGUAGGCGAACAAAUUUAGCGCCUUCUACGGGGAGGAGGUCGAAGAAGGAGGAUAUGUUGAAGAGUGCUGCCUUAGGGUUUCGGGUGAGUGAAUCCAUUCUCUGCUUAAUUUCGUUCUCCGUUAUGGCUGCCGAUAAAACUCAAGGCUGGAGCGGCGACUCCUUUGAUCGAUACAAAGAAUACAGGUACUGCCUAUCUGUGAAUGUUAUUGCAUUUGCAUAUGCCCUAUUUCAAACCUAUGAUCUAUCAUACCACCUUGCAACCGGUAAACACGUGAUCCGCCACCACCUUCGUCGUCAUUUCGAGUUUUUCAUGGAUCAGAUAUUAGCAUAUCUUCUGAUGUCGGCAUCAUCAUCGGCAGCUACUCGUGUGGAUGAUUGGCAAUCAAACUGGGGUAAAGAUGAGUUCACUGAGAUGGCAAGUGCUUCAGUGGGAAUGUCCUUUUUAGCUUUUGGUGCCUUUGCCAUCAGUUCCAUCAUCUCCGGUUACAACCUUUGGACUGAAUGAGAACUCUGAUCUUAUAUUUGAUCUUAUUGCUUGUAGUUUUUUCUCAGUUUAUAAAUGUGGGGGGAAUAACUAAAAUGGAAUGUGGAAGAAAAUAUAUAAUCCUUUUUUAUUGUUGUACAGAAAUAGCUCUAAUAGUAAUUUAUUUUUUUUUUUUUUAAAAAAAAAGAAACAUUGUAAGGGGUGAGAUACUGAAAAGUUAUGUUUGAAAUUGUAAUUCGUUUCUGCUAUAUUUUUACAAAUAUACCUUAUAUAUGUGUACAUUAUUUUGUACAAGCAAAGAAAA